AACUCACACGGGCCACAUGUGGAACAGUUGGUGUGGAUGAGAAAGGUGCCACCUUCAUUCCUCCGAAUGAGAAUACCCUCGGCUUGGACAUUAGUGAUCCAAAUGGAGAUGGAUGUUUGCUUCAGAACCCGCUCCUCCGAAACGGAUGAGAUUGCCAACGCCAUUGGGAUUCUUCGAUUUGGAUUUUAUAGCAGAAGAAUAGUUAACCCAUCGAUUGCUCCUAGAGCGUUAACUGAGAAGGAUGCUACCGCGCUUGAUGAAUGGGUAUUCUCCAAGAACGCAAUCGGGAUAAGCAUCAAAAUCGCACUCAUCACACCGAUAAAACCACAGCUUUGGAUCUCUUCUAUCUUCACAGAUUUCACACGUGUGUUGAAAUGGAUCACCAUCAUCAUCCUUGUAAGGAUCUUCGUAAAAAAGGGAAUGCUGAGCAUGUGCUUCAUGGGUAGUGAUGAAAGGGAUCUCGCUACACCUGAGGCAAAUUUCCCUCCCAAAAAAAUCAAUUUCCCACUCGGAACAAAAACCGUUGCAGUCAUACUCACAAAAUUUACACAUAAAAGCGCGCUUCAUGCUGACUCGAAGAGGAUCUCGGGAAGCCCAAUGUGGUUUGUGCUUUCCAAUUUGGGCACAGGCCUUGUGAAGGGAGAAAUUACACUCUGCUUGUGGACAACUGUAAGAGGCAGUCAAGAUCGGUAAUGCACACCCAUUGCAACAUUUUUUAUCACCAUUUGUAAUAAUCUCCUCAUUAUCAAGCCUUAAUUCAUGCUCGUGGCUGAAAUGAUCUAUCUUGUCUCCUAGCGCCACAGCACAACUUGAAGAAGCGUCAUCAUCACUUUCCGCAUUUUCUGACUCAACUUCGAUAUAAAGACGACCUUUAUUC